AUGGACGGACUGAAACCAAAACUCUCGAAGCUUCAGGGCCCAACCCAAGAACCCUUAGAGCCAGUGAGGCGCAAGUCGGAUCUCCUAGAGGUGCUAGUAGAUAAGCACGUAAUUGGAUUGCUUCGAAACAACGCUACGGAUGAAGACCACCAAGCUGCCGAGCAUCUGGAACCCGCCACGUUGACAGAUCAUAGUACCGGUAGCGACAUAUCAAGAAUCCGGUGGGAGAACAGUUUGGUGGAGCAAGAUCUUCUCCAGAAGAAGCAAGAGGCUGCCAGCUCUAAUAACGGUGCUACCAAUCGCGUCGAAAGCACGCUAAGCUUCCAUCCAGCCAAGAGGGAUGCCAGCUCGAUACGCCAUGAUUCCGCCGACAACUAUGAUGUUAUCACUGCCCCAUCUCUGGCGACAGCAAGUGAUGUGAAUAUUGACGACAGCCACGAGAUUCCGGGUGCCUACAGGGUAGCCGGAAUCGACGCUCCCGCGGAUUCUGAGAUGUUUGAGGAGGAAGGAUCCGUCACAGAAUCAUCAGACCGCGGUCUUUUGCCAGAGGAAGAACCAAUCAAUUCAGGUGACGACCCUGCCUUGUCUUCGUAUCUUGUCCUGCAGGAAAAGGAAGACUCCGGUGAUUCAGAUGAUGAGGAUGUCGAUGUGUUUCACCCAGAAGAUCUUGAAGAAGCGUUGGAUGUACAUCGCAUUUCAGAGUCAACAGCGGAUCGCAAGCAGCAGGAUAGUGACCGCCCCAACUCCAAGUUUGGGUGGGCUGUGAUGCUCCUUGUGUUUGGUGCCGUCUUGGCAUUGAUUCUGUGGCUCUUGUUGCAGAAUGACAGCAAAUCCAAUGCGGAUGGCACCUUUACCGCCAACAAUGCCACAGUGAGCUUCGACAAGAAGAACGCUUCAGAAGUUGUCACUGAAGCUUCGACUGCCUUCUUCCGAUAUCCAAUCUUCAAUGAAACUGGCAUGGAACAUGCCGUAAAGGCAGCAAUCAGAGAGGAUCCAGACAGCUCCUAUUACAAAGCCAAUGAAUGGAUGAUUAAGGAUCCGUUCUUGGAUACGUACCCCUUUUGGAAGCAACACCAGCGGUUUACCCAUGCAAUGAGAUGGUAUGCAUUGAAUGGGGAAAACUGGUUUCGAAACGAUGACUGGAUGAGGUACGAUGUGGAUGAAUGUGAGUGGUGGUCAGCUCACCCAAAACACGGCCAGAAAUACGGUAUAUGUGAUGAAGAAGGCCACAUCCUCGUGGUAAACUUGACUUCCAACAACCUAGAUGGUGAGGGACCCAAAGGAGCAAGCCUCCCACGAGCCAAGAUCAUGGACUAUUCCAACAACCAAUUGCGAGGCACCUUUCCAAGCUGUAUAAGUAAGGCACCCCUGGAAGCGAUUGACCUGUCCAACAACAGCAUAGGUGGAGCCAUUACUGCAGAAGCUGGAGUCAGUUCGCCUUGGUUACGAACAUGCAGGGUGGAUUCCAACCAACUUGGAGGAGAUUUGAAGUUUCCACCUGAAUUGUUUCCACGUAUUGAACUUUUCAAUCUCACCAACAACUUCUUUGGCCCAACCCUCCCUACAGAGUUUGGGGGGCUCACCAAGAUGACCUAUUUGGGACUUGGACACAACAACUACAAAGGGACCAUCCCCACAGAAUACAGCCAAUUGACUGCACUACAAGUGUUUGAUGUCUCUGGUACUGCCAUUACAGGAGACAUUCCUUCCAGUUUUGGGUCUGGCUUUGACAGUCUUGCCCUUUUGGACAUUGCCGAUACAAUGAUUGCAGGCGCAAUCCCCGAGUCUCUUUGUCGUGACCAAACUGUUGUGCAAGCCAACUGUAGUGAUGCCCUCCAAUGCUGUUGA